AUGGAGAACGUGUUCGAGAAUAAAGAAAAUAAAAUAGUUAAACAAAAACGAUCAUUAUCACCGAAAAAACAACUUCAAUUACAACAACAGAAAAAACAAAAACAAAUUAGAGCAGAAAAGUUAAUACCUAUAACUCCAAGGAAAUUAUUCGUACUAAGUAUUGAAUAUUCAACUUAUUUUGAGAAAAAUGGAAAACAGAAUAACGAAAAAAUGGUGCAUUUGUUGGACCCGAUAAAAAAUAUUGAAUGUUUUUUGCAUUUACGUGAUUUUUGGUACGAUACUUGUGUUAUGGAAUGUGAUUGUGUUAAUGUAAUAGGGGAGUUUGAUAAUGAAAAUCAUUGUAUUGCUGAUAAUUCUAAAACAUUGGUAAUUGUAAAUCCUGAUCUAUUAUUAACCGCAACUCGUGUAGCUGAUUCUUUUUCAUGUUUAAGAAAAGCAAUAUUACAAGAUCGUGUAAAAGCCAAUGAUUCAAUCAAUCCCUCUGCUAUCAUAGGAAUUUUGUGUCAUCAACUGUUUCAAUCAUGUCUUUCAAAUCAAAAUUUUUCAACAAAAUUUAUGGAGAAAAAAUUACAAGAAUUAGUCAAGCAUACCACACAAAAAAUUUAUAGUGCUAAUCUACAAGAAGAAGGGGUUAUUGCUGAGUUGAGAACUAUCAUACCAAAAUUCCAAUCAUGGGCAAAAACUUUCGUUGGCAAUACCCCAUUAAAUAGCAUAUUCACCGAUGUUAAUAAUUCCACAAAAGUUGCUAUAAGCAAAGUUUUAAAUAUCGAAGAACUUAUUUGGUCACCAAAUUAUGGUUUGAAAGGAAUGAUAGAUGCGUCACUUGAGGCUAAAGUUUACACUGCUGCUGCUGAAUUAAAGACGGUUGUUAUGCCAUUUGAAUUGAAAACUUCAAAAAGCUCUUCAUUAAUCUUAAAUCACAGAUCCCAAACUCUCUUUUACACUCUACUAAUGUCUGAUCGUUAUAAAGUUGGUGUUGAUUCUGGUCUUCUCUACUAUCCAAAAUCUAAUGAUUGUGCCACAACAGGAAAAAUGUAUGCCGUCAAUGCAUCACAUGAAGAUUUGAAAGCACUUGUCAUUAGGAGGAAUGAGGUUGCAUACUAUGCAAAAAAUGGUCAAAUAUUGCCGCCAAUGCUUAAGAAUGAAUAUGUCUGUAAAAAUUGUUUUGUAAGAUCUAGUUGCCUGUUGUAUCAUAAGGCCGUUGAGAAGGGUAAUGAGGAAACAAGUGGUCUUGGCAUGUUUUUUAAGCAAGAGACAGGACAUCUGAAUAACAAAUAUUCAAAAUUUUUUGGUAAAUGGGAUAAUAUUAUUCAUAAAGAAGAUAUGGAGACUGAUGCUGUAUAUGUUCGGCAACAUAUCUGGAAUAAACCAGCGAUAGAACGUGAAAUUGUUGGUCAAUGUUUAACUGAUAUGAAGCUAGAGUUGGAGAGUGUAAUUGAUAAUUCAAAAUCUGAAGAAUCACGUAAAUUUAGAUGUAAAUUUACAAAAUACAAUAAUAAUAGCAAAGAUGAAAAUAUACAUAAACUUCAUCGUCGUCAUCGUCAUAAUAAUAGAAAUGAUAAUAAUGAGAACGAGAUAGCAAUAAAUCCUAUUAUGAGCAGUCAAUUUUGUGUUGGUGACUCUGUUGUAGUUUCAUCAGAGAAAGAUAAACAAUAUGCAUUAGCAUUGGGUAAUGUCUAUUCUCUUUCGUCUGAUGCUAUCUGGUUAUCUUUGGAUCGUGUUCCAUUUAAUGGUAUAAGACACGAGGAGGACUUUGAUAUUGAAUCAUGCCACACUUUUGUAAGUUCACUAAAUAGUAGUAGUAGUAACAGCAGCGGCGAUGAUGAUAAGUAUAAUUCAACAAUAACAACAACUUUUCGUAUUGAUCGUGACGAAUCAACUCUUUCUAUUAGUUUGAUGAUAAGACAAAAUCUAGUAAAACUCUUAAUGAAUGUUGAAAAUACUCACCUAAGGAGAUUGGUGGUAGAUGGUAUUUUGCCAAAAUUUGAUGAUAAUUCUGAAGAGAUUAAUUGUUUUGUGGAAUCUGGAAAAUUAAAUGAUAAUCAAAAAAAAGCAAUGAAAUUGGCGUUAAAUGAUUAUGCGUUAAUAUUAGGAAUGCCAGGAACAGGGAAAACCACUAUAAUUGUUGAAAUAAUUAAAGCAUUGGUAGCAAUGAAUAAGUCAGUUUUAAUAACAGCUUAUACACACACAGCAAUCGAUCAUAUUUUACUGAAAUUGGUUGAUGAAGGCAUUGACAUCUUGAGACUUGGAUCUCGUGAAAAAGUAAAACCAGAGCUUCGGAAUUAUACAUUUGAUAAUUUAGCAUUUGAAAGCGUUAGAAAAUUAGAUGAAAUUAUUCAAAGUAAAAAGGUUGUUGCAAUAACUUGUUUAGGAGCGAAUCACUGGAUUUUCAAAAAGAAGCAAUUUGAUUAUUGCAUAGUUGAUGAAGCUUCACAAAUGAUUUUACCAGUAUGUAUUGGACCAUUAUUUAAUGCCAAAAGAUUUCUUCUAGUUGGUGAUAAUUAUCAAUUGGCACCAAUUAUUCGUGAUAACAAACAAGGAACAGAAAGGGUUGAAGAGGCAACAAGUUUGUUUAGAACUUUAAGACUUGAAAUACCAAAUUGGAAUUCAAAUUUUCUAGAUGAAUUUCACAAUGACAACAACAUCAACAACGUUAAUAAUAUUUCUUGCAGUAUAAAUGGUGAAAAAAAUUGCUGGUUAAGAAAUGUAUUAGAUCCUGAGAGACCAGUGAUUUUUGUCGACACAGAUAUCAUUGAUGGCGAUGGUAAUAAUGGUAGUCCAAAGGAGGAGGUUGUUGGUAGCCAAAUCACAAAUAAUUUCGAGGUUCAACUAAUUUCUUUAACGAUAAAAGCAUUGUUAGCUGGCGGAGUUCCUGCAAAAUCUAUCGGAGUAAUAUCUAUUUAUCGGUCACAAAUGAGACUUAUAAAAUGUUUGUUGGGUGAUAAACAAGACGAUAUUGAAGUUUCAACAGUGGAUAAAUAUCAGGGACGUGACAAGGCUUGUAUUUUAGUGUCAUUUGUUCGAUCAAAUUCUAAAGAAAUGGUUGGUGAGUUGCUUACAGACUUUCGCAGAUUAAAUGUUGCGUUAACUAGAGCAGAAUCCAAGUUAAUUUUGUUUGGAAGUUGUAAUACUCUUAAUAAGACACCGCUUUUAAGAACAAUUAUUUCUUUCAUGGAAGAGAAAAAUUGGAUAAUUAAAAAUCAAAUUUGUUAUGAGAUUUCUAUAAAUUAUAAGGAUCAAAGUUGUAGGAAAAACAUUGACAAAAUUAGCAAUUUAAAUAAAACUCCUGAAUCAGAAUAUAAACGAUUAAAUAAUGCCUUACCCCUUGAAUGUGGAGAAGAUUUCAUUAAACUAGAGUAUUCUUUCGAUAUACCUUCUGCAGAAUUAGUAGGUUAA